UGACACACGUGGAAGACUUGAACAAUUUGCAGAUCCGAUCUUGAGAGAGAGAGAGAGAGAGAGAGAGAAACAAACUGCAUUUUUCGCUCGCUCGCUCUUGACAAUUUUGAUUCACCUUCCUGAUUGAUAUCCAAAGAAAAUCUUAUCUGAAUUACCAGGGAAGCAACUAUUUCUGAUUUUCCCUAACUGUGUUUUUCGUUGGUUUAAACGGCAAAAUUUCUCACAAUUUCGGGAUUUGUACGAGAAGCUGCAGAGUUCACAAAACUUGUGUACGGCUCUUGUUAAGAUUUUAAGCAAAGUUAUCAUGUUCAAGACAUCACCGCGUAGGCACCAAAGAUCUAAAGGUUUCAAGGUGAAGCAUGUUCUACAGAUAUGCCUGCUGCUUGGUGUUUGUAUAUGGCUGGUUUACCAGGUCAAGCACUCCAAUAACAAAAAGGCUUCACUUGCGGAAAAUGCAGAACUCAUGGGUCAGGUAGGGAAUAGAAUUAUAAAGCUAGGGAGAAAGGACCUCCAUCCUCUAGUGGAGGAGACAACCAUUGAGGAUCAGGGACACAAGGAAGAAGUAGCAGGGAACAAACAAUUCCAUGAAGAAACCAAGAUUGAGGGUGACGGUGAAGACAAAGGGGUUACAGAUGAUGAAAUACGUGAAAGUAAUAAAGAAACAGCAGGAGAGGAAACUGAGCACAGGGGGAAUUUUCUGGAUAUGGAAAAGGCAAUAGAAGAGAGCAAUGAGAAUGGAGCAGCUGAGGAGAGGGAGGAAACCAUAAAGAAUGAUAGCAAAGAGGAGAGUGACGGUGGCGAAAAGGAGGAAGGUGAAGAGAAUGAAGUGAAAAUGGAAGAGAUAGAAGAGAGCAAAGAAAAGGACAAUGAACAGAGUGUAGGUGAAGAACAGGAAACCAAAGAGGAAGAGAGAGAAGAAAAUACAGAAAAACAAGCUGGAGAGGAGAGACAAAAGAAAGAGGGGGAGAGUCUAGAGGAGAGUGAGCAGAAGGAAUCGAAGGAAGAGAAUGGAGAAAACAAACAAUUAAAUGAAAGGGAAGAGAAUGAUAAUGAAAAGGAAGAGGAGAAAGCCCAGGAUAAUGAAAUUGAGGGGACAAAAGGAGAUGGAGAAGAAAGGAUCAAUAAGGAAGAGAAGGAUGAGAACAGUGGGACGGGAAGUGCUGAAAAAGCGAUGGAAGAGAGCAAGAAGCUGGAGAACGAAGAAGAGGUGAACGAAAAUGACCAAAAAGAAGAACAAAAGCUUGAGGAUUCAGGUUCAUCAGAGGAUCAGAGCCAUGAUGAAACUGAUGGAUCCAAGGUGGGAGCAGGAGCGGAAGAUCACAGGGAGGAUGAUGCUGCUUCCAGUGAAGUAGUCAAAGACACUCGAAGCAAAACUGCAACUGAAGGAGAACUUGAAAGCUCAAAUGCGGAUGAGCAGAUUAAGAACAAAGAGCAGAACAAAUCAUUGGAGAGCAUCGACAAUAAAUCCGACCUGACCAAUGUAAAUCAGAAUGGAUCAGACACUGAUAGAACAGCAGAAAGCGAAGCAGUUCAAAAUAAUAAUUCUUCGGAUGUUAUGGUGAAUGAUGAGAACAGUAACGAGAUCAAUCGCUGGCAGACAGGGGACAUCCUUAAUUCCAGUUCAACAGGAAAACGAUCUGAUGAAAACCAGCAAGAGGACAACAGCACUUCAGCAUCUAGUCAGGGAACUGCCAGUCUACACGAACAUAAUGGAAUAGACAAAGGAUCCAAUUUUACUUCACAUCAAAAUGAGACAAUAGACGAUUCAAUUUCUAGUGGAGAUAAGACGCAAUCUGUGUUGAGGGAGAGAACAGAAACAACAGAAGCAUCUGAUUCAAAUGCAACUCCUUCCAGGAAAAAUGAGAAUGCAAGAGAAACAUCAUAUUCUGAUUCAACUUCCACAACAGUUGAGAAAAUGGAUAAAGGACAUGGAGAUGCUACAGGUUCGUCUAGUAACAAUGAUGAGUCUGUUGCCUCAGGUUCAGGGGAACAAAAUGUUCCAUUGAGUACAUCUGCACGGACAGAGACAAAUAAGAAUAAUCAACAUGUUCAAAGGAAACAAUCUGAUAAUAGGUCUGGAGCAGGAGCAGAUGAAAAUGCCACAAUCUCUAGCGACGAUGGAGGAACUGAUGAUAGGCAGGAUGCAGUUAAAUCUUCGGUCUCUCAAAAGGAGAAAGAGGCUUCCUCAAAAACAGAUGAAAACGGUGGCAACACUCAGAAUGAUCCACUUGAUCCUUCUGAUUCUUCGGUCUCUCAAGACAAGAAAAAGGCCAUAUCAGACACAGAUGAUAAAGCUAGUGGCAUUCAGCACGAUCCACUUGAUUCUUCUGAUUCUUCAAUACCACAGGAAGAGAGAGACUCCAUGGAUCUGGGAACCCUGCCAGAGAUGAAAACUGACAGACACAAUGAAGAUGAUGCAGUUGCUAAGUGACAUCUUUUAUGAGCUAGUCAACAUUAGUUGCAUUAUCAUUUUCAGUUAUUUUUUCCCAACCUAACUAUUUUCUUAUUUUUUAACACACGCGGACAAGCAAAUAUAAGCUUUGUGGCUUGUUCUGUGUUUCUGUUCCAUUUUGCAACACCAGUCUAUAACAGUCAUCGAGUUUUGACAUGAGCAAUAAAUUAAGAAAC